GGAGCUGGCGGACUCGGAGGUGGAACGGUUGGAGGGGCAGGCGGCGCGGGGGAUGGUGGCGGACCGCGGCUGAGCUUUAAUUGAAUAAAACAAUGGCAACUGCUGAUAGUGAGACACACAAUCCCCUGGAACCUAGAAUCCCAAAGCUACAGUUUGUUCCCUUCACCAGUGCCUUGGAUGCGGGAUUCUGGCAUGAGCUGACGCAGAAGAAACUUAAUGAGUAUAGAUUAGAUGAGACUCCGAAAGGUAUCAAAGGCUACUACUAUAAUGGUGAUCCUUUUGGUCUCCCAGCUCGUUUAACGUUGGAGUUUAGUGCCUUUGAUGUGAAUGCUGCCACCCCAGCACACUGCUGUCCUGCUGUCGGAACAUUAUAUAACACCAACACUUUUGAAUCUUUCAAAUCCUGUGAUAAGAAGUCACUUUUGGAAAAAGCAGCAAAUGAGAUAUGGGAGACAAUAAAAUCGGGGACUGCCCUUGAAAACCCCAUGCUCUUGAACAAGUUCCUGCUUCUGACUUUUGCAGAUUUAAAAAAGUAUCGCUUCUAUUACUGGUUUUGCUACCCUGCUCUCUGCUUCCCUGAUGGCAUACCUAUUGUUCAGCAGGCGGUCUGCCUAGGUGAAAGGUUCUCUCCAACUCAGAUUCAAGCGCUCCAGAAAGCAUAUGAUGAACUUUGCCAGAGGGAAAGAGUUACUGCCUUGCCUUACUUUUUAAUCAAGUAUAAUGACAAGUCUGUUUUGGUGUCACUGCUUAAAAACUGGAAUGAUUUUUUCCAAGAUCAAGAGGAAAAGGUGACGGUUGGAGUUUAUGAUCCCUGCAAUUUUACCCAGUAUCCAGGAUGGCCGCUGAGGAACUUACUGGUCAUGGCAGCACACAGAUGGGGUAACCACCUCCAUUCAGUCGAAGUGCUCUGCUUCAGAGACAGGACCAUGCAAGGCGUGAGAGACAUAACACACAGCAGCAUCUUUGAAAUAAAGCUUCCACAGAUGCCACAGAGCCCAGUAGAUUGUCCAAAAGCUGUUGGAUGGGAGAAAAACCAAAAAGGAGGCAUGGGUCCAAGAAUGGUUAAUCUCAGCGAAUGUAUGGAUCCUAAAAGGUUAGCUGAGUCGUCUGUGGAUCUUAACCUUAAAUUGAUGUGCUGGCGGUUGGUGCCUACUCUUGACCUGGAGAAAGUUGUGUCUUCUAAGUGUCUGCUGCUAGGAGCUGGUACGCUGGGUUGUUGUGUAGCCAGAACCUUAAUGGGAUGGGGAGUCAGACAGAUCACAUUUGUGGACAAUGCAAAAAUCUCAUAUUCCAACCCUGUACGGCAGCCUCUAUACGAGUUUGAAGAUUGUCUCGAUGGUGGGAAGCCUAAGGCACUUGCGGCAGCAGACAGACUGCAAAAAAUAUUUCCAGGAGUGAAUGCAGAAGGAUUUAACAUGAGCAUCCCCAUGCCAGGUCACCCUGUGAAUUUUUCUGAAGUCACCAUGGAACAGGCUCGAAAGGAUGUGGCACAGCUUGAACGGCUCAUUGAUGCUCAUGAUAUUAUUUUCCUGUUAAUGGACACUAGGGAAAGUCGAUGGCUUCCUGCUGUCGUUGCAGCCAGCAAGAGGAAGCUGGUCAUCAAUGCUGCAUUGGGAUUUGACACAUUUGUUGUGAUGAGACAUGGACUAAAGAAACCAAAGCAGCAGGAGUCUGGUGAUUCAUGUUCCAACAAUGCCUCCGGCUCUGCUGAUCUCCUGGGAUCAUCGCUCUUUUCAAACAUCCCUGGCUAUAAACUUGGCUGCUACUUCUGCAAUGAUGUUGUGGCACCGGGAGAUUCCACCAGGGAUCGGACAUUGGAUCAGCAGUGCACAGUCAGUCGACCAGGAUUAGCCAUGAUAGCUGGAGCCCUUGCAGUAGAGCUAAUGGCUUCUGUUUUACAACAUCCAGAAGGUGGUUAUGCUGUUGCUAGCAGCAGUGAUGACAGAAUGAAUGAACCACCUACCUCUCUUGGGCUUGUGCCUCAUCAGAUUCGUGGCUUUUUAUCAAGAUUUGAUAAUGUCCUUCCUGUCAGCCUUGCAUUUGACAAGUGCACAGCCUGCUCUCCCAAAGUCCUUGACCAGUAUGAGCGAGAGGGGUUUAAUUUCCUUGCAAAAGUUUUUAAUUCCUCACAUUCCUUCUUAGAAGACCUAACAGGUCUGACUUUAUUACAUCAGGAAACUCAAGAUGCUGAGAUUUGGGACAUGAGUGAUGAUGAAACAGUCUGAAAGCCAAAUGAAUGAAGUGGAAGAUGACCUGCUUUAGGCUUCAGUGAUGUCUUUUAAUCCGUCAUUUGACAAGUUAAUGAUUGCUUACACAUUUUGAUUUACAAAUAUAAACAAAUAUAAUCUACAUCUGUGCUAUGAAUGGGACAUUAUCUUCAACUAAAAUAAUAGUUCUACUGUGGAUGUAAUUCUCCCCUGCUUUUCAUUUUUAUCCUAUGCAUGAGAUAGCACUCUUGCUAGAGCAAUGCGUUUGUUUAAAUCCACUUUCUAUUUUUUUUCUAUUUCUAAACAUAGCUUACAUAUAAAAUAUGCCACUUUAAAUAG